AUAUAGUUUUUUCUCCAAUAAGUGUGCGGUGUUUUAAUUGUCUCGUGAAAAAAUUGGUUAAAUAUCUUUUAAUUAUUCACUGAAAAUUCAAGAUAAGUUAAACUUGUUAAAUAUGGAAGCUGAAGUUGAUGGUGGAGUUGAAAAAAAGCUGCAAUCUCCAGAAAAUAUAACACCUGCAACUGGAGAUGGGGAGCCGCUUUUUAAUAGUAUCGCGGCAGGGGCUUCGCAGGAGAACAUUGCGAUCACCGGUGUGAAUGGAAACGUUGAGCAGACGCCGCCAGUAGAAAAAGUGGAUGCAAAUGAAGGUGAAACUCAGUGGACUCAAAGUCCACAAAACGUUGGAGUGGCUAAACCGUUUGGUAUGCCGCCUUUUGGUGCACCACCUAUGGCAUUUCGAGGUGGACGCGGGGGUAUACAAAUUAUGCCAUUUAGUCGUGGUGGUUCUCGUGGUGGAGGAAAUUUCGGGGGACGUGGACCGGGAAAUUUUGAUCAAAAUUUGCCAGGGCAAAAUUCAAGCACAGCGCCAAACAUCGCAAAUGGGCCACCGAUGGAGCUAUGGGUGGAAACUAAAACGGAAGAUGGAAAGUCUUAUUUUUAUCAUGCUCUGACUCGUGAGACUACAUGGAAUAAGCCUGAAGCUCCGAACAUUAAAGUUAUGACACAGUCAGAAAUUGAAGAAAUGAAUAAAAAGCAACAACAAAUGCAGCAACAACCACAGCAGCAACCUCAACAAGUCAAUGAAGCCGGUGGAAAAGCGCCUGAUUCCGGUGAGCACACACUGGGUGGUAAUAUGGAUCUGGCAAAAGAGAUGCCUCCAAUGUCCGUUGCGCCGCCUCUGAAAGCACCAGAGUCACUAACUCAGCAUCCACCUCCGAAUAUGAUGUCACAGCCACCGCCAACACAACAGCCCCUAACACAACCACCACCGAAUGUCAUACCAGCCGGUGCACCACCGUUGACCCAACAACCUCCGCCCGCUAUCCAUCAACAACCUCCACCAUUCUUUCCACCUGGCAUGCAUCCGCCAAAUUUUGCCCAACCUCCAUUCGGGAUGCCCCCACCAGGUUAUGGUGGUUUUCCUGGCGGACCAGCACCAUGGGGGAUGCCUUGGAAUCCACACAUGCAUCCAGCUCAUGGACCUCCAACACAAGACAAACCCGCCAAAACCUUAAUUAUCAAACCUGGGGUUAUUGAUCCAGCCGUGAUUGCACGUGCAGCCGAAUGGUCGGAACACCGUGCCCCUGACGGACGGCCCUAUUACUACCAUGCAGGUCGAGGUGAGAGUGUUUGGGAAAAACCGCAAGCACUACGUGAUAUGGAAGCGGCAAGAAUGGCUGCUCAUUCAGGCACAACGCCGCAACAGGCCGUCGCCCCACAAGUCGCACCCUCUAUGCCGCCACAUAUGAUGCCAAAUCCUGCCCUAAUGCAUAUGGGUCCAGCGCCUGGAGGCUAUGAUCAAGCGAUGGCAUAUAAUGCUGCAGCUGCAGCUGCGGUAGCAGCAGCCGCAGCAGCGGCAGCCGCUGCGAAUAUUAAACCAGUUGAACAAACAAAAGCUGCACAAGCUGCUGCGUUAGAGAAGGAGUCAAAGAAAGUGGCUGAGGAGAAACGAAAAAAGGAGGAGGAACAGAAGAAAACUUCGGCACCUGCUGCAAAGCCAGUUGAUAAGUCUCGACCUAUUUCAAGUACACCCAUUGCAGGCACUCCAUGGUGCGUCGUUUGGACAGGAGAUGCUCGUGUCUUCUUCUACAAUCCAUCAACACGGACAUCCGUGUGGGAGAGACCAGACGAUUUACUAGAUCGUUCUGAUGUAGACAAAGCUGUCAAUAAUCCACCAGAGCAAUUGAAGGCUGCAGGAAAUGUGACAACGGAAAAACCUGUGGAAAAGAUAGAAAUAGAGAAGAAGAAGGAGGCUGAAGUUGCCGAGGAUGAGGAAGAGGAAGAGCAAGAUGACGAUGAAGUAAUAAAAAUUCGCACUGAAUCUGAGUCGAGUGUAGAGGAGGUGCCAACGAAGAAGUCCAGAUUAUCCGCAAAGCAAACCAGGAAGGCUGAUGCAAAUGAAGCAGCUGUUGAAGCUGAAGUGCGUGCGGCCAAGGAGCGGGCAGUAGUGCCCCUGGAAACUCGUGUUAAGCAGUUCAAGGAAAUGUUGCGUGAGAAGGAUGUUUCUGCAUUCAGUACUUGGGAGAAGGAGUUGCACAAAAUUGUAUUUGAUCCACGAUACUUGCUGCUGACAUCCAAGGAGCGAAAACAGGUAUUUGAAAAAUAUGUUAAGGAUCGCGCCGAAGAGGAACGCAAAGAGAAACGUAAUAAAAUGCGACAAAAGCGUGAAGAUUUUCGCAAGCUUAUGGAAGAUGCAAAGCUUCAUGGAAAAUCAUCAUUCAGUGACUUUUGCCAGCGCUAUGGGAAAGAUGACCGCUAUAAGUCUAUAGAAAAGGUACGGGAACGUGAAAGUCUCUUCAACGAAUACAUUGUAGAUGUACGUCGGCGUGAAAAAGAGGAGAAAAUUCAAAAGAAGGAACAGAUACGCAAAGAUUUCAUAGAUAUGUUGCGUGAACGUUCGGAUAUGGAUCGGCAUACUCGUUGGCACGAUAUCAAGAAGAAAUUUGACGCAGAUCCGCGUUAUCGUUCGGUGGAGAGUUCUACUUAUCGAGAGGAGUACUUUCAGGACUAUAUGCGUAUCAUGAAAGAAGAGAAACGUAAGCAGCGUGAGCAAAAGGAUCGUGAAAGAGAACGAGAGCGUGAGCGUGAGCGAGAACGUGAACGUGAAAAAGAUCGGGAUCGUGAUCGUAAAUCGGAUCGCAAACGUGGACGUAGCGAUCGUAGCCGGAGCCGAAGUCGAGACCGUGAUCGUGAUCGUAGUGAUAAGGAAAAAGGGAAGGAGCGUGAGAAGGAGAAGGACAAAGAGCGUGAGAAAGAUAAGGAAAGAGAAAAAGAUCGUGACAAGGAAAAGGAUAAGGAGAGGGAAAAGGAGAAAGAUAAAGAAAAGAACGGCGAGCAGAAGCGAAAACACGAUGAGUCCGACGAAGAAGGUGAGCAUCAUGACGAUGAAGACGGUCACACCAACAGCGAAGAUGAUGAAGCCGAACGGUUGCAAAAGGAGCGUGAAAAGCAGUUGCGUGUUGAACAAAGCAUUCGCGAACGCGAGAAGGAAGUCCAGCGUACAUUGGCUGGACAUCUGCGUGAUCGUGAUAAGGAACGGGAGCACCACAAGCGCGACGAGGCAAUUGGUCAUUUCAAUGCUCUGCUUACAGACUUGGUACGCAACCCAGAUCUAACUUGGAAGGAGGUAAAGCGACAGCUUCGCAAGGAUAGUCGUUGGGAAUUGAUUGAAACUUUGGAUCGAGAUGAUCGUGAGAAAAUAUUCAAUGAGCACAUCGAUACACUUAUGAAAAGAAAACGCGAAAAAUUUCGUGAAAUGCUCGACGAAUUGCCGUCAUUAGAGUUAACCAGCUCAUGGAAGGAUAUCAAAAAAUUAAUUAAAGACGAUCCGCGUUAUCUCAAAUACAAUAAUUCCGACAAAUGCGAACGCGAAUUUCGUGAUUAUACUAAAGACAAAACGUUAGCGGCAAAGACAGCGUUGCGAGAACUUUUAUUGGAAUGCAAAUUAAUAACUCACAAGAGCAGUGAAGUUGUUAAAGAUAAUCCCAAUCAUCUCAAGGAAAUACAGGAUAUUCUAAAGAAUGAUAAGCGCUAUCUAAUUUUGGAUCACAUGGAAGAGGAGCGCACCACUAUUAUUGUGAAUUAUUUGGAAGAGUUACAUAAGCGUGGGCCGCCACCACCACCAACCGCUUCUGAGUCGACUAGGCGCAAUAAGUAAUUUAAAUCAUUCAACAAAAAAAAAAAACAGUUUGCGCCGAAAUCUAGUUUUUA